CCAGUUCCUCCAUUUAAGAUGCUGACUUGUUUAUGUUGAGGGGACAAAUGCUUGACUUUUAUUUGAUCUUGCAUUGUACUUGAGCCUUUUUUUCUCUCUAAACUUUGCUCCGUUGCAGGAAGCGUUAGCAUGAGGACUGCUCCGCUGCUGAUUUGUGGUUGAUAGAAAUCUUCAGAGUGGAUUCUAAACUGACACAGAGAGUGGUUUGAUAAGCAGGAUUCAGGCGUGGAGUUUUAGUCAAUGACUGCUACGUGAGCUGCCCUCAUCCCUAGCAUAAACACUCAGAGGGCACAGAGGAGAAGGAGGAGGAGGAGGAGCAGGGUCAACCAUGGAGCUGUAGGGACACGCUCAGAUGCCCAUGCAGAUCGCCAGUAGAGGAGGAGUGUUGCUGAGGAGCAGAACUCUGCAAUGAACAAGACCAAGAGGAAACCCAAUGGGGAGACUCCUGGUGUGCUGAAGAGCAAGAAGCCGGUCCAGCGGAGGAGGAACACAUGUCCCAGUCCUCAGGACAUCAGCAGGGCCCUGCAGAGCCCCAGCUCUGCUCCCAGCGCCAGUGCUGCCAGCCUGGAUGAGCUCAUACAGCGCUGUCUAAACUGCUUUGAUCCAGAGGGUAAGAUUUCCAGUCCCAGAGGUUUCCAGUUGGUCCACAUGACCCUGAUGAUGCACAGCUGGAUCGUGCCUUCUCAGGUGUUUGCACAAAGACUUCUCACCUUUUAUAAGGAUUGUCCCUCCGACAAGAGAGGACUCAGGCGGACGCAGAUCUGCCACUUUGCCAGGCAGUGGACCAGCCAGUUCCCGGCAGCAUUUGAGGUGGCCCCCCAUCUUGAACAGACCAUGGGGGACCUGUGGGCGCUCGUCCAGCUUGAUGGAGAAAAGACUCAGUCGCAGCUUAUCGACACCUCCUGCUUAAACCCUCACGUGAACAUGUCCCAGGCACCCUCGCCCUCUGUGAAGAAGAGGAAGGUGUCUUUGAUCUUCGACCACAUGGAGCCAGAUGAGAUGGCUGAGCAUCUCAGCUAUCUUGAAUUCAAGAACUUCUGCAAUGUUUCAUUCCUGGACUAUCGCAGCUACGUGGUGCGAGGUUCGGUGAGGGACAACCCUGCUCUGGAGCGCUCAGUCAUGAUGUGUAAUGGUGUGUCCCAGUGGGUCCAGCUGAUGAUCCUCAGCAGACACACCGCCCAGCAGAGAGCUCAGGUCUUCACCAAGUUCAUCCAUGUGGCUCAGAAACUGAGAGUCCUGCAAAACUUUAACACUCUAAUGGCAGUAACCGGAGGCCUCUGUCACAGCUCCAUCUCCCGCCUCAAAGACACAUCCAACCUGCUGCCUCCUGACAUCACUAAGGCCCUGAGUGAAAUGACAGAACUGCUCUCCUCACGCAGCAACUACAGCAACUACCGGCGGGUUUACAACGACUGCAAGGGCUUCAAGGUGCCCAUCCUGGGCGUCCACCUGAAGGACCUCAUCUCGCUCAACGAGGCCCUGCCGGACUACAUAGACGAGGAGAAGAUCAACCUGAGCAAGCUGCAGCACCUGUACAGCAACAUCAACGACCUGCUGGCCAUCCACAGCUGCACGCCGCCGUUUGAGGCCAACAAAGACCUUCUGCAUCUGCUCACGCUCUCUCUGGAUUUAUACUACACCGAGGAUGAAAUAUAUGAACUCUCAUACACCAAGGAACCCAAGAACCCCAAGAUUCAGCCCGGAGCUCCGGUUAAAGCCCCGGUCGUGGGGGAGUGGGGAUCAGGGGUCGCCCCCAGGAUCGACCCCAACACCAUAUCUAAACAUGUCAAGCAGAUGGUGGAUUCCAUCAUGAAGAACUACGACCAGAAGCAGGACGGCUACAUUUCACUGGAAGACUUUGAAAAAAUUGCAGCCAACUUCCCCUUCUCCUUCUGCACUCAAGAAACUGACAGGGUGGGCCAAAUCAGCCGUGAAGAAAUCACCUCUUACUUCAUGAGGGGAAUGUCUGUAUGUGCCAAGCUGGGGUACAACUUCAAUGACGCACAUAACUUCCACGAAACCACAUACAAGCGGCCGACAUUCUGUGACACCUGCGGAGGCUUUUUGUGGGGAGUCAUCAAACAGGGCUACCACUGCAAAGACUGCGGGGUAAACUGCCACAAACACUGCAGAGAUCUGGUGGGGAUGGAGUGUCUGAAGAAACACAAAAACACAACCGGGUCCUGCCCGUGUACCCCUGCGCCAGACUCCAAAACCAAGGCCAACUGCUGGAGUUCAGAGGUCGAGACCUUUGUUUUCCCCCAAAGCAAUGAGGUGGAACACAACAGGAGCCCUUCAUCUUUUAAAAAUAACACAGAUGAUUCAGCACUAUCGGACCGCUCCACUCAGACGGAUCCUGGGGUGUGGACGCCUGAGAAGGACAGAAGGGGAAACCGCCUCAACUCUCUUGUUCAUGUGUCUCCAGAGAGGAGGGUCAACACGUUACCAGUGAGAACCAGAGGUUGCUCCAUGCCCGCUUUCUUCCUGCAAGAGAAGAUGGAGGAUCUGCAUCUUCACAAAGACAAAAGCAGAGAACCUGACUGAACGUUCGUCUCCCUGCAUGGACAAAACCCACAGCCGCCACCUCCUUUCUGACCGAGAAUGGACAAAACCCACAGCCGCCACCUCCUUUCUGACCGAGAAUGGACAAAACCCACAGCCGCCACCUCCUUUCUGACCGAGAAUGGACAAGACCCACAGCCGCCACCUCCUUUCUGACCGAGAA